AUGUCAAGCUCACAAAUCAAAUCAGUUUAUAGAUCAUUAUACCGAACAUACAUAUCAACAUCAACAAACACCAACCAAUCCAAAAAAGUUCCAACUUCAAUCAACCAUUACUUACGACAACUAUCAAGACUUCCAUCCCAAAACAUUCAACCUAUAAUCCAAUACCUUCAUGCAUCCAAAUCUUAUAAUGAUCUUUUAAAACGAUAUAAUCCAGUUGGAGAUUUAAAUGAACCAGAAAGAUUAAAAGCGACUGCGAAUCGAGUAGGAUUACCAAUGCCAAAGAAAUUGGAUUUAGAUACCCCAUUGACCGAGAAAUGA